AUGUCAAGUGUGACCGGGCUUUACAGGCAAACCGGCUCCUCUCUGAGCUCACCCAAAAGGCGCCAGACCAGAAAUUCCGGAGUACAAGUUGCCCUGAGCGGGAGGGCAAUGGAAGAAUUCCUCCUUGGUUCUGAUGGGAUCGCAGGGAGAGGCCAGGCGCGGCAGUGAAGGCGAGCAGAGGCAACUCAGUCUGGACUGAUCCCUGAGAGGAGGGUUUCCCCAGAACCUACAGAUCAAGCCAGGUACGUAGCUUGGAGGGAGGAAGAGGAUGCCCACGCGUGGACCGCCUCGCUAGCCGCUGCUUCCAGACAACACUGUGGAGAGCAGAGGCAGCUCAGUUGGAGUCGGCCAGCACCUGGGGCCCAGGUUAAGAUUUGGUUUCUCCGCCCUAGCAUGCCUAGCCUGCACCUCCUGCUGCGGAUAGCUGAGAGGUCUUCUGGUCCCUCGCUGAGCUCACACACUCCUCCCUGGUUAGCCAGAAUUCUUGGAACUGAGAUAAGUCUCCAGCAGAUGGGACCCUUCUCUCCCCAUAUAAAACUGAUUCAACACACACAAGAGAACCUGUGGCCUCUCUACAGAACCUGUGUGCCUGCCUGGCACAGGAUCAUCCAGAGCGCCUAA